AUGUCUUCCCCUCAUAUCCUCAUCAUCGGAAGUGGCCUCGGUGGUCUCACUCUUGCUCAAGCCCUGAAGAAGAAUGGCGUCCCUUUCACCGUCUUCGAGCGUGAUGCUUCUGCUACUGCCCGCGCUCAAGGCUAUCGAUUCCGCCUGCAUGAGGGAUCCGAGGCACUGCAAUGGUGUCUCCCAGCCGACAUGUUCGGCCUGUUUGAGCGUACCUGCGGUAACACCGAACUCGGCAUCACUAUGAUCGACCCGAUCACCGCCACCGUUACCAAGGAGAUGGACGGUGCCGACCCGUCUCAAAAGAACCGCCCAGGCGGAACCAACGGCCCCGUCGGCAAGGCCUACACCGUCGACCGUACGAUGUUCCGUUCCUUGCUACUCCUGGGUCUGGAAUCAGACGUCCAAUUCAGCAAGCGUUUCACGCACUACACCACCUCCGACGCGGGCGUCACGGCGCACUUCAGCGACAGCACAACCGCCUCGGGAACCUUCCUCGUCGGCGCCGAAGGCGUCCACUCCCCCGUGCGCAAGCAGUUCCUCCCCGACCACAAGCACGUCGACACGGGCGGCCGCUUCGUCUACGGCAAAACGCUCCUAACGCCCGAGCUGCGUGCCCGCUUCCCCGCCGCAGGCAUGAGUCGCAUGACCCUCAUCACCGACAAUACACCCAUGACGCUCUUCCAAGAACCCGUCGUCUUCGCCCACGACGCAUCCGUCGAGUCCCACGGCUUGCUGCACCCGGUCAAAGACUACAUGUACUGGGUGCUGCUCUCGCGGCCCGAAACCUUCGGCCUGCCGGACUCGCAGCUCGUCGGUCUAACGGGCCAGCCCGCUGCCGACCUCACCCUCAAGGUCACGCAGCACUGGGACCCGGCCAUUCGCUCCAUGCUGGAGCUGCAGAGCGUGGAGCAGACGUGCGCGAUGCGCAUCGCGUCCGUCAAGCCGGACCUCCCGGCGUGGACGCCCUCGGCGCAGGUCGCGGUGCUGGGGGAUGCGGUGCACGCGAUGUCGCCGACGGGAGCGCAGGGGGCGAACGUGGCAAUCAAGGAUGCGGCGAGCUUGGCCAAGGUGAUUGUGGCGGGGGUGACGGCGGAGGGGGUGGGGCCAGUUCGAGGCGGAGAUGAGGGCGGCGGCGAGGCCGGCGAUCGAAGGGAGCUUUUUCGGCGGCAAGCGCAUGUAUAA